CGAGGGGCGGAGUGUCGGCGGCGCCUCCGCCUUUCGCUUCCGAGAGCGCUUCCUUGGCCGCGGAGGACCCGGCCGAGGACCCGCCGGGCACGGCAGAGCCGCCGCCACCGGGAGUCUGGAGCUCCCGGAGGCCGAGGGACGCUGGGCGCGGCCGCCGGCAGCAGAACAUGGCGCCGUGGACGUUCUGGCGCUGCUGCCAGCGUACGGUGGGCUGGGUGCCGGUACUCUUCAUCGCCUUCGUGGUGGGCUGGUCCUACUACGCGUACGUGGUGGAACUGUGCGUGUUUACUAUUUCUGGGAAUGGAGAAAAUGGAAAGGCCGUUGUUUACCUUGUGGCUUUCCAUCUGUUCUUUGUUAUGUUUGUAUGGUCCUAUUGGAUGACAAUUUUCACAUCUCCCGCUUCCCCCUCCAAAGAGUUCUACCUGUGCAGUGCUGAAAAGGAACGUUAUGAAAAGGAAUUCAGUCAAGAAAGACAGCAAGAAAUUUUGAGACGAGCUGCAAGGGACUUACCUAUUUAUACCACAUCAGCUUCAAGGACUUCCUUUUCCUUCUUCAAUGUAGCCAUCAGAUAUUGUGAAAAAUGUCAGUUGAUUAAACCUGAUCGUACGCACCACUGCUCAGCAUGUGACUUAUGUAUUCUUAAGAUGGAUCAUCACUGUCCAUGGGUGAAUAAUUGUGUGGGAUUUUCUAAUUACAAAUUCUUCCUGCUGUUUUUAUUGUAUUCCCUAUUAUAUUGCCUUUUCGUGACUACAACAGUUUUACAGUACUUUAUAAAAUUUUGGACGAAUGAAUUGUCAGAUACACGUGCAAAAUUCCACGUACUUUUUCUUUUCUUUGUGUCUGCAAUGUUCUUCAUCAGCGUCCUGUCACUUUUCAGCUAUCACUGCUGGCUGGUUGGAAAAAAUCGAACAACAAUAGAAUCAUUCCGUGCACCCACAUUUUCAUAUGGACCUGAUGGAAAUGGUUUCUCUCUUGGAUACAGUAAAAAUUGGAGACAAGUCUUUGGUGAUGAAAAGAAAUAUUGGCUACUUCCAGUAUUUUCAAGCUUGGGUGAUGGUUGCAGUUUUCCAACUCGCCUUGUUGGGAUGGACCCAGAACAAGCUUCUGUUACAAGCCAAAACGAAUAUGCCAGAAGUGUUGGAUCAAAUCAAACCUUUCCUGUCAAACCACUUAGUGAAUCAAAAAACCGAUUAUUGGACAGUGAAUCUCAUUGGACAGAGAAUGGAUCUGAAGAAGGCAGCAUCAGAUCAGGAUUAUAAAAACGCAUUAUGAACUGAUAUUUUCAGUUUCAUUUGGAAGAAAGUGAUCAAUGAAAUGAAGUAAUGAGAGUAUAAAAGAAGAUAUAUUUUUUAACAAAGGAAGCCUUUGUACAAAUUGCUGGAUCCACAGAAGGACUACUCCAGAGCAGGAAGAUGCCUUAAUCUUAAAUGUCCAUGUGUGCAGCAUUGACUUACAGCUACAAAAGUGACUUAAUUUUACUUUGGAAAUAAUACUUACCUUUUAUGAAAUGGUAUAACAUGAGCGCUCAAUCACGUUUUACACAGCAUAUGUAUUUUUUUUACCUGAGUUACAUUAUUAGCGGUUUUUUUAGUGUCCAUAUAAAUUUUCACUCCAAAAUCACAAGCUAAAAAGUUGUCUUAAGUGAAGUAUAUCUGCGGCAGUAUGGUGGACGUGAAUAAUAAUAUCUGAAUCUAUUGCUUGUACUAGUAUAAGGAAAAAAGAAAAUAACUCCUUUUUUUAAUUGGGUGUUUGCUAAUUUAUAAUUACUGUUUUAUACUCAACAUUUUUAAUAAAGUUUUUUUUAUUGUUGACUAUAACACUCAGAAGGAUUCAUAUAUCUAAAUAUAAUCAUUUAAACCAUAGAAUACAUUUGUAUAAUUCAUUGAAGGCUUAGUUAUAUGUAAUAAUACAGCCAUGUAGUGUAGUGGAUGCCCAAGGCUUAAAGGAAACUUGGCAAUAUAGGAAAUAUUUUGUGUUCUCUUUGCUUUUUAAUUACUUUUCUGUUGAACUUUCAGUCCCAGAAAGUGCCCAUAUAAGUAUCCUCAGGGUAGAAUGUAAUGUGCUGCUGAGUUGGGUCUUUCAAAUUUCAGUUAAGAUAAUUACUGAAAAUUACUCUGAAACUUUUUACAGUAAUCCUGUAACAGCUUAAACAGUGGCUUAAAACUGUAAUUUGAACUAGGGAAAGCACGGUUUAGAAUGAUACUGCUCUCAGGACAGAAAUUCUAAUCAGAGUCAUUUAAAUACUCCCCAGUCCCUGAGAAGUCAGAUUCUACUCUUAAAGCAAACUUUUAAAUUUGAGUUCCUCUAACAGCAUCCCCUUUCUGCCCUUUUUCCUUUUAAAAUCUAGUUUAAGUGACAGGAAUUGUUGCAUUAAUUCUAAAGAAAAGUACGGUAUCCUAUAAAAGACAAACAAUAUAGAAACAUUGCUCCUCAUUUAUAGUGUUUGGUCAAACACACAGAAACCAAAAUGAUUGUUUCCAGUAGAUGAGUAGAGAUAAACCUUGACCAUUAAGCAUGUGCAUAAGUGUCAAAGGCUGUAGUUUACUGGCCUGUCAAAGAAGCGGGG